AUGGAAAUACGGCCAGCGUGGCUAGGUUUGGCGGUACUUGACCUUAAUCAACCUAGGCCGGCGGCUACAGAGAAAAACUGCCGCCGUGAGUGUGACUUGAGUGGAAAGCGUGAUGACAUGGGCGUCGUCGCUUCGCCGGGGUCACUAGUCGUAGUUGAACGACAUGACAUGUCAUGUCGAGAUGGCAAGCGGACGACUGUCGAAACCAGCAGCAACGUCGAACUUCGCAGUCGGCAGUUCUAA